AUGCCGAAGAAGAAGCUUCCCAAGAGCCACUCCAACGAGCAGGGCAACCUCCAGCAGCCUGCUGAGGAUAGUGCCCCAGCCCUUCCCCUCAGAACCAAUCCCAACAAUGCUACACAGCUGGCCCACGCCCAAUGUUCCUCGCCACUGUAUCCCCCGAUGACCUGGUACGAAGGCGGGACAUACAGCUCCCCGUGCACGGCCGGAGGUGACUUGGACCUUCCGGAUCGUCUGCCCGUCAAUGAGGCCGUUCUCAACCAAACAGACAAGUCUUUGAACAAGCAACUUUGGGCACUGUACCCGGUGGAGCUGAGCAGCGAAGCGGCCAUGGAGCAAGGAGCGGCACUGCAUCUCUCUGCACUUGAGUCUUUCGACCCCGCUUGUGUUCCCCUCGACGAGCUUUCGCGUCGUCUCGGCUGGCAGGCCGCGGAUCAGCGCCUGCAAAUGAUGAUCCUCGACAACAUCACACUGGAAGACCUUGAGGCUGUCGGCGUUUACAACUGUGGUCCCAAGUCGCGCCGUCACAGCAACUUCGUGAACCAACUGAAGAAGGGCGUUUCACUCCUCUUGGCCAUGCCCAAGAAGCUUCACCACGUGGUGUCCGUAGAGGAGGCACUGGCUAAAGUGAACUCCAUGAUGGAUGACCGGCACCAAUCUGAGGCCGCCAAGACACUGCAACCACCUUUGAUCUGGGGUCUUGAGCUGCGCGCGGUCCUGAGUGACCUGCUGGAACUUGCCCCAUGGCACCCGUUCCCCGACGUCAUGACGGCCGAACAGGCAUUCGCGACAGGUCUUGCGCAGAUGUACACCGGUCUUCUCUACGAGUGCGCUCUGCUGUCGUACCGCCUGGGUCACUACCACUGCCGACUCUGGCUUCGCUCCAUCCAAUUCUCGGCCCUCCUCAUCGAAACUCGUUACAUCACCCACCGCCAGCUCAUUAUGGCUGUCAAGCUGCACCAUGUCGCCCACGUCGCCAUCACUUCUGGAGGACAUGAUGGCCACUUGCCCGAUAUCGACAGGGCUCCCAGACCUGACCUCGUCGCCACGCGCGAUCUCAUCAAGAGAAUGGAAGCAAAGGCUACCAAACCCGACGCGUGGGCGCAUGAGAACUGCCUGACGGCCGCGCACGAGGGAUGCAUGUAA